GUCUUCAACGGAAGCUCUCCCUCAGAAUCGCAGGAGCGAGCUCUGCCUUCGCGUUUCGCAAUCGGCAAAAAGCUCCGAACAGAAAAUGGAGGAGGCGAUAGCGACGCUCGGCAGAAGCCUCGGCCAUUUCUGCAACCACCUCCAGAGCAGCGUCGACGCCCUCAACCAAUCCAUCCAUCGCCGUCCCAUCCCUCUCGAUUCGGCUUCUUCGACCUUCGUUCAGUGCCUGAACCGGUGCGUGUCCACCGCGAGCGGGGAUCUCGAUUUGCUCGACUCCAUGUCGUUUGGGACCGUGUCGUUUGAGGAGCUGUUGGGUCACUGCAACGAGGUCUUCAAGAAGAACCAGACCGACCUCGCUCAGCUCGAAGAACGCCUUAAGAGCUUCGGCUACGUCCCCGAUGUUGACGAUGAUGAUGUUGAAGAAGAUACAGUCGAUGAUUUAUCGAGCCCUCUCGAACUUGAUCCUAAUUUUCCACUAGCAAAUGGUGGAUUUGACCUGCCAUCUUCAUGUGCGGGGCGACUUACUGCAGCGGCUUCUACGACGAAGUGUUUUGAAGAAGAUUCUCUAUUUGAUGACUCCAUCAGCUUGAAAAGACUUGGUAUAUCUGAUGUAGCUCUGGCCACAUUAGCUUCAGAAGCUAAUGGUAAGACUGUUGAGCCAAAUCUAUGUUCGAGACAACCACAAAAAAAUCAAGAGGAGAAGAUCCAUGACCUGGAGGGGCAAUAUAAACCUGCUACAGUGAACUUGGGGGCAAGUGAAGUUGAAGGUCCAAAAUCUGUAGUUAAGGCAUCAAAAGAUGAGUACGAAAGUCUUCCUUCCUACAUGAAAAGUCUUGCAUCAUGGGAGGAAUUGCUUGUAGCUAUUGAGAAGAUAAACUCAUACCUAAGCAAGAAAGAGAAUCGUUCGGAAAACAAGAGCUUCUUUCAAGACGAAAUAUCAUCAUUGGCAUUGGGGCCCAGGGCAAGAUCCUUUCUGCUGCUUCUUGCUCGCAUGAAGCACCUGGUUGUUGAGACAGUUGAUGGAUUGAUAUCGUACAGAGUUUUAUAGAAGGAAAUACCUUCGCAGAAAUAUACCUGUUGGAAUUACUGUGCUCAGUUUGUAUCAGCCUUUCAGACACGCAUUGUUCUGCAUAAGGCUUGACUGAAACAUUUUUCUAAGGACCAGUUUUGUGGAUAAAUCAUCUUAUGUUAAAUGAUUACUCAAGUACAGUACCCUGCAAUUUUCAUCUCAAUCGCUACGGUCAAUUAAUCUGAAAAUUGCUUCGUUGCUAUGUGAUUCGACUCUCAACAGUUACCACAGAGUCAUCUCCCUUUUGCCUUGUUUGUUGUGAUGAAGCGAAAGAGAGAAGAAAGUAUCAAAGAGAAAUGCAGGGGAACAUAUGUUUAGAUCGAUCACUGAUUGACCGAUUUGCAGUCAUUGGGCAGCCAACUAGCGGAUACACUCGUUCCCCGACUUUAGUGGUCGUGCUCUUCUUAUGUUAGACAAUAGUUGCUUUGUAAAGCACAUUCUUGGAUACGGCCAGCAAUCACAAGCAUUUUGUAGGCAGCAGCAAAGAUGCUAUUUGGACUGGCGAAUGUACACUUAUGUGGGCAUCCCACCCUUGACAAGAACCAAGCUGGAAGAGGCAAAGUAUGAAUGGGAAGCAAUCGUUUCUUCUCCCUUUUAUUUGUUUGAGCAAUUCUUUCUUGCCCUUCGACUUUUGGUGAAGGAUCCAGAACGUGCAAAGCAAAGAGUACAAGACUCAACCUGCUGUACACCGAAAAUACAUUCAGUUUCGUACCAUUGACAGCAAGACCUAAUCUGUGCAGGUACAUGGAAUAAGCUUAUUAUAGCAAUGUUUCUUGAUUUCAUUAUCUAUCUCAGAGGUCUCUGUGACUCCCAUCAAGCAUAGUUCUUUUCCACAACCCCCAAGUUCAAGUUUCAAUCUCUUGGCUACUAAUACUCUGUGCGCGCUUGCUAUGAUACUCCGCAAUCUCUGUAAGUUUUCCGAAGCCAGGGGACGUUAGGCUAAAUGGAAGUUCGAAAUAGUGCUGUGCGAAUAAGGAACAUCAUGAAGUUCCAAUCUCGAUAGAAGUUGCACCAUCAAAAUCUUACGGAAAUGAAAUCAUAAAGAAAAGAAAACGUCCAGCCACUCAUAGCAUCAAAUAAAGCUAUAAGUCAUUGCGAUCAGCUAAUAUAUAACUAGAGCAGGGAAGAACGAGGAAGGCAUAGCCCGUACGAUCCCUUCCACAAAAAGCACUGGGAUCACCAACCAGGACUCUCGCUAAUUAGAGAAGCCUCUGCAAUUUUCAAAGAAGAGGAAAACAG